AUGGCACCACCCAGGGAGUACCCUCUCUUGUCCCGGCGACAGAUUGAGGGCAUGAUCGCAGACGGCCGGGCUGUUUUCAUCGUCAACCAGCAGGUCAUCAAGGCCGAUGCCUGGAUGCCCUACCACCCAGGUGGCGACACUGCCAUCCGCCACAUGAUUGGCCGCGAUGCGACCGACGAAGUCACGGUUCUGCAUUCUCCCGAGGCCCGCGAGCGAAUGAACAAAUACCGAAUUGGCCGUAUUGAGGGCGCGUGGACCAAUUUCGUGCCUCCAAUCCAGGGCGGCAAGUUUCGUCCACUGGGCCAAGACAACCAAGACGCCCCUGAGAACACAAGCUCGCUUCCCGCUUCUGAAUCUCCCAGCCUGAACGCCUCCCGCGAGCCUUCCCCAGUCUUUGAUGAACCACAACAGAUUCGUCAACGACACAGCGCAAAGAAUGUAUCGUCUAGUUCUGCGUCCGUCACGUCUGCCUCGUCGGUCGAAGAAGACGAUGGUAUGUCCUUCCUCGACACAAUCACCAAAGAAAAGGUCGAUUUGGACCUGUCACGAUAUCCUGCUCUCGAUACGGCCACGCAGAACAACAUUGUUGUCAAAUACCGCGACCUAAACCAGCGCAUCAGGGACGAGGGCUUGUUUCAGUGCAACUACUGGAACUACGCCCUCGAGGGUUUCCGCUACAUGCUGCUGUUCAGUGGCAUGGUCUUCUUCUUGCAGCGUGGAUGGUACGCUACGAGUGGUGCCUUCUUGGGCGCCUGGUGGCACCAGCUCGUCUUCACCGCCCACGACGCCGGCCACAUGGGCAUUACGCACAAUUUCCACGUCGACACCGUCAUUGGCAUCAUCAUCGGCGACUUCUGCGGCGGCCUCUCCAUUGGCUGGUGGAAGCACAAUCACAACGUUCACCACAUUACGACGAACCACCCCGAGCACGACCCUGAUAUCCAGCACAUGCCCUUCUUCGCCGUCUCCCAUCGGUUCCUGGGUAAUCUGAGAUCGACCUACUAUGGACACGUCAUGAAGUACGAUGCGGCGGCAAAGUUCCUUCUUGGCUUCCAGCGGUACUCGUAUCACUUCCUGCUCUUGUUCGGGCGUUUCAACCUCUAUCGCCUGUCUUGGCAGUUUCUGUUGUCCAAGGACGCACCGCGCAGAGGCCCGGCGUGGUGGCACACCUAUUUGGAAAUGGUUGGCCAGCUCUUCUUCUUUACCUGGUUUGGCUACCUCGUCGUGUACAGGACCAUCCCAACAAACUGGGAUCGAUUCGUGUUUGUCAUGGUUAGUCACAUGGUGACGAUGCCCCUGCACUUGCAGAUCACCCUGUCACACUUUGCCAUGAGUACGGCAGAUUUGGGCGAGCACGAGUCGUUUGCUCAGAAGAUGUUGCGUACCACCAUGGAUAUCGAUUGCCCGACCUGGCUGGACUUCUUCCAUGGGGGGCUUCAGUUCCAGGCUAUACAUCACCUGUAUCCCCGCAUCCCGCGCCAUAACCUGCGCCGGACACGCAAGCUCGUGCAGGAGUUCUGCAAUGAAGUCGGCAUUCCAUAUGCUCUGUAUGGCUUCGCGCAGAGCAACACCAUUGUGCUGGACACCCUGGGUGAGGUUUCUCAACAGGCAGCGAUUCUUGCAAAGUGCCAAAAGUUUCUGUCUGAGAGCGACAACCCGCUACAUGCUCACUAA